AUGGUGGGGAAAAUCAUGCCGCUCGACAUUGGGCUGCGCGUCGAUGUGCUGGACGACGAAGGCAUCUGGAACACAGGCGUGAUCGCUGACGUGGGCAAAGGGAAGACGCAGAAUCUGGUGGAGAUUCAGUACGACGGCUGGGACGAGGACUAUAACCAGUGGAUUGACGUGAGCAAGCAUCGUCUGGCCCCUCUGCACACGUACACGAUCGUCAAGAAGUGCUGGGCCAAGCUUGCCAAGUGGCCUUGGUGGCCCGCCUUUGUGGUUUUACGGGCACCUACAACGGCUAGUGCUGCUCACGGUCUUGAGGAAGAGACGAAACUUUAUGUCGAGUUUUUCGACUCGUUUGACGAGGAGAAACGCUCGCGAUGCUGGAUGCAAAAGAAGAAUGUGACGUCAUUUCGUGACUGUUUUGAGGAGCGCGCGUCUAAGAACAUCAGCAAGAACUUUUCCAAGUUUGUUGAGGGUACGCAGCGUGCCAAGGCAGGCACGUCCCCGCUGCUGUUCUCGGGGGUGGGCACGCUGCCGAUUGAGUACUCGAGCAAAUUGUCGGAGCCGCUAGAGGAGAAAAAAAAGGAGUGUUCCCCGGAGCAGUGGUUUCAUCUCUAUCGAGACUUCAGCAAUCGCUAUAAGGAAUUGUACGGCUACUCGACUGCAAUGGUAUCAGAGAAGCCAGCUUCUUCGCGCCCAGACCUGAAGUUGGGCAAGCGUGGACCUGGUCGUCCUUCAAAGAAAGAUUUGGAGCAGAAGCCGUCAGAAGAUGAGAAUAAAAGCGAAGAAAAUGAAGAAGAUGAGUCAGAGAGUGGUAAGCUCGGGAAAAACCGUGUUGACGACGAUGAGGUGACAACUGGGCGACGGGUUACCCUUCGAAACAAGCGGGUUGCGGCUGAAGUAACCUCCGCGCGCAGUAACGCCAGACCCCGACGUGCUAAAGUAAUUGAGGUAUUGACGGAUUCAAGCUCUUCUAUGGUUGCGUCUUCCUUCUCAACUCUCCCGUGUGACCAAAAAGUGAGAGCUGGGUUUACAAGCGAAGUCAGGGAGUACAGCAGCUCGAUUCAUACCGAACACAAAGCCACAACAAAAGUUGAUUCGGAAUCGAAGCCUGAAACUCGUCCUGCGCCUGAAGUAUCGUGUUUCGGGUCUAAGCCAAGCGGAAAUGUGUUGCCCUCGCAGAAGGCGCGCAGCAGGGAUACCAGCAUGCCAUGCACGGUAGCAGGGCGUGCUGUAUGCCUUAAGUUAAGGGACGAACGCGUGGAUAAGUCUAUCGGAGGUUGCUCUCUCAUGCUGGAAGGCAGUCGUGGGCAAAAGGAUUUGAUUACCCCGCCGACCAAGCCGUCUACGCGUAUUGAACCUGCCAUGGGUUCAAGGGUUGGGACAUCUGAGCAACCCGAACCUCGUCAAGCAGACCUCAACAUGUAUAAGGACUGGACUGGCGGGUCUCGAUAUGAAGUGGAUAACAAGCCUUGGAACAUUCUUGGAUGGCUUACAGAAGGUUUUAAGCGAAAGCUGCAAAGGAAGUAA